AAUCAUCAUCGAUGUUGCAGUGCUCUGCUAGUAUGGUCUGAAGGGAGAGGCUGAGAACCACAUCACAUUUUAACAACAGAAAUCAUUACAACCAUGGAAUUGUGUGAGAUACUGUACAACAAGGCGGAAUACAUUGAAACGGCGUCUGGUAACAAAGUGAGCAGGCAGUCGGUGCUGUGCGGCAGUCAGAACAUCGUCCUCAACGGCAAAACUAUAGUAAUGAAUGACUGUAUAAUCCGUGGAGACCUGGCCAAUGUCAGGGUGGGGAGGCACUGUGUUGUGAAGAGCCGGAGUGUCAUUCGGCCGCCGUUCAAAAAAUUCAGCAAAGGGUGAGUUCUGCUCCAACCUCUUCUAGACCAGGGGU